GUCGUACAAUGGACUCUGCUUAUAGUCGGAGUCGUACAAUGGACGCUGCUUAUAGUCGGAGUCGUACGAUGGACUCUGCUUUUAAUCGGAGUCGUACAAUGGACUUGGGGGAACUGUGUAACACACAAAUCUAUUCCAAUGAUGCUGAAAUGAAAGUCCUACACGAAGACCCGGUCUCCUGAGAGAUGCUGCUUUGCAUAUAAUCUUCUUAAGUUAGUGAGGAGUAUUCAGGUAUGUGAGAAGUGUACAGUCAUGUAGGGUGUAUCCAGUGAAUGCAGAAGGCUUUUCACAGAGGGUGGCCAGAAGGCAACAGAUACAAUUUCAUCCAGUGGACCGCUGCUUGAUCACACUAGGCUUUAACAACACCUUUUCCGGUGACAAGUGGACGUCUCGCCGGAAGUAUUGCAAUGUCUGGGGUCCAGCAUGCGAUGACGUCACUAAAUCCACACAAGUCGUUUUUUUGACGUCAUGUGACUCCAAUUUGUGCAGGUUUUACAAGUCAGUCAGUGACCAAUCAAAUAGCUUGAUUCUAUUCUGAGUAAUGAAAAUUAAUAAAAUGUUUCAGGAAAUGGUUUUAGUACCAUCAUCAUGCCUUCUGAUUUAAUAGAUUGAAUCGUAUAUGUUCAGCUAAGACAUUAAAGUAGUUGAAAUCAAAUGUUGCAUUACUUUUGUGUCUUGAGUAUAUUUAAUCUAGUUCAAUGUAUACCAGGUGCCAAAUGAAUAUUAUUCACUGUGUUUCUAGUCUUUAAUAUCAUUCUUUGCUGCAAUGACCGUUAUGAGGAACGUGCAACACCGAAGCCAAAAUUGAGAUGAAUGUCGCCAAUGAACCCAUUAAUCAAAUUGCUCUACAAUAAUUUUCCAAGGUUGAUGAUGAUGUUUUUUAAGGUGUUUGGUGAGACGCUUCUAUGUCAUUUCACAUUUAAAUGUGCUUGUAAUACUUAGUGUCGAGUUAUCGACAGUUUCUACGGUCGUUCAAACACAGCAAGGAAAAAAAUACCACUGUGCUGUCAGAACACGUUGUUCUGCUCAAGUGCAAAUGCAUGGUUAGCUUUAUAAUUUCCACGUGUUCUGUAUACCCGUCUCAGCUCAAGGACGCUUGUUGUUCCAAACGUCUCAGCUCAAGGACGCUUGUUGUUCCAAACCUGUAUUUCUUGUCGAGACACGUCGCUUUAUGGCUUGAACAAUGAGAUGCAACGUUGAAUUUGAAAUCACUUGAUGAUUCAAGCUCAGUCACACGAUCAUCACAAGCUCAGUCUCAAGAAUACCACAAGCUCAUUCACUCGACUGCCACAAGCUCAGUCACAAGAUUACCACAAGCUUAUUCACGGAUACUUUCAGUCCGCAAUGAGUCAGGAAUUUUCUACAGACGCCACCGAGGAACAGAAAGCUGUGGCUCGUGACCACUGGUCAAAAACCGUUGAUGGCAAUUUAGACAACCAAACCCUGUACGAUCGGUUCUCCGAGUCGGCAAAGGAUUAUGACGAGGUAAUAACAGUCCUCAAUUCCCAGGGUCAAAAGGAACUGGCGACAACGACGGCCGAACGGUUUCCUAGGAACAGAGAAAAUGUCAGAAUUUUGGAUUUAGCAGCUGGCACUGGGAAGUGUUCAGUCGAGCUUCGAAAACAUGGAUUCAGGAAAAUAGACGCUUUGGAUGCAAGUGAGGGGAUGUUGAAUGUAGCCAGAGAGAAAGGGCUAUACGACCGUUACACAGUUGGAGAAAUAGGCGACAACACUUUGGAUGCAGCCACAGAUGCGUACGACGCAAUUACGAGUUCCGUGCUGAACGUUCUAGUUUUGAAGAAGCUGCCCAUCAAGGCAUACGAAGAAAUGAUCAGGGUUGUCAAAAAAGGAGGAUAUGUUAUUUGGGCCAGUUACGACAACGGGUUUACUGAUGACAACCCUGAACUGGCAGAUAGGAGAAAACACGUCAGGACUUUGGAAGCACAGGGAAAGUGGAAACAUGUUGAACUUCGGUAUUUCAGAAAUUUUGUGCGAGGAAAAGACGGUGGUGUUUCAGUCCAUCAGAUCUGCUAGUUGCUCCACUCCAUAGGUAUUCAUUGAUAUUUUGGCUGCGCUAUUGCAAUGAAAUAAAACACAUUUCCACGCAUUAUUCAUUCAUAUUCAACACUCAUUUCAUUCACUGAACAAUGACGUCACCUCUUUGUCGCUCAGCCCUAUAUAGACAUGUGUCAGUUCCAGCAGAGCUUGUUGUAUGCUCAACAUUCUGAAUCUUAAGUAAUAACCUGCUUACCUUAUGUAGGUGAAGCCUAACUGUAUAAUGCAAUGUAUGGCCGCCAAUAACUGAAACAAUUGUGCUUCAAUAAAACAAAUGAAAGGCU